AUGGCCUCCCAACCCUCGCGAAGAGAACGAGCAUCUAGCGAUAAAGCCGAUGCUGCGCCAUUCCCACAACGACCGGGCCUUCCCAGUCGAACGAUUUCUGCUCCCGUCGGAGGUUUGUACCGACUUGAUUCGGCUAGAACGGCGAUGGAAUCGGGGAAUAAGGUCGGCCGGACACUUCUGGAGGAGGAUGAGAACCCGCCAUCGGCCGGAGGGGAUAGGGUGCCAUCAUCAACCCGUGAGGAGACAACGCCGAAGCCGAGUUUCCCCCAUGUGAGCAUCGCGGUGGUCGGUCCUGACCAUGUCGGAAAAUCGACAUUCAUUGAAACCGCCUUGGACAUGAAGCAUCCGCUUACUUCCCGAACGACCACAAAGAAGAUGUCCCUGGACGGGACGGUGUACUUGGUUCGCUUGAUGGAGAUAGAUACAUUGGAGAUUACGAUUGGGAACAAUGGCGAAGUCAACUGGCCCUUACUGGGUAGCGACUCGCCUCCUACAGUGGAUGGGGUGCUGGUUCUACUGGAUAUGACUCAACCGGCCAGUUUCCCUGAAUUUACCGAACUACUAGACUCCUUAACCGCUUCUGACAUACCCUUUACGCUGGUGGCCAGCAAAUGCGACAUACAACCCCCUGACAGCCCUGUGGAGCCAAUAUUGGGUGGCUAUGAAAUCCACCGGACCUCACCUGACUCACCACGGUCGCAGAAGAUGUGCAUUGCCUUAGUUCUGCGCUCUGUGAUCAGCCGUAAAUAUGACUGGCAUCACAGCCGCACCAACUCAGAGACCCCCACCGCUGUAUUAUCCGGAGCCGCAGGCGGCCCAAUCACAGGACCUCUUGAUCCAGCUGUCGAUGGGUACGGUGUAGACCGGCAACCCACCGACCCGGCCACCUCUGCCAACCUGGCUUCCAAUGGCCAGGCCUUUCGUUACGCCCGGAGCAACUCGCAUCCGGUGCGACCGCAUACGCCUCCUUCGGGGUCCCGGUUGGCCUCGCGCAAACAGUCUGUAUCCGGGGAGUCGUCACCAAGUAAGGAUCUCAACCGACAACAUCGACUUCACACGGCCUGGCGCAACAGCGGCGGGUCAGAUGCGUUCAGCAACUUUCUAGAGAUGGGGGAGGACUUUGAUGGGCCCCGGAGUGCUCCGUCGAGCCCGGGAAGCAAGGACCAGACGCCUAGCGAGAGCUCAUCGAAUGAUGCAGGCUUCACCUUUGACGAGCUAGUAGAUCGUCUGGUCGCACAACCGAUGUCAAAGCAAGAUUCGAAGUUCGCGUCUAUCUUUUUGUGUCUCUAUCGCAAGUUCGCCGCGCCGUGUACCUUGCUGAAUGCUCUGAUCAACCGAUUCGAACGGAAUGAGAACGACAUGACGGACCAGCUCGACCGCAUCGCAGUUCAGCUGAGGCUGCUGGGAGUGAUGGCGCAGUGGAUUUCUGAAUAUCCGGGCGACUUGGCGUACCCGAAGACUCGCAAGCGAAUCACCGAUUUCGUCACGACGCUGGAGAAGAGCCACUUUUACAUGUUCGCCGCCAAGGAGAUCGGAUCGUAUCUGGAGGGGAAUGCAGAUGACGAUAAUAUCGGAUGGCCGUAUAGGGAUGGCGACAUGGAAGAACCUGACACUGCCGACCCCCCGUUCCAGUUUUCCGGGCGCAGCUCACCAUCAAUUUUCCUUGGGGCGCCGCCGCUUGGCGAUGAAGGCGAGGAAGAGGAAGAGGACCCUAUUUACAGCAUGAGCGCUUUGGACCUUAGCGAAGGUGCAGCCGAGCCUGCGUCGAGACUGUCGGGGUCGAUGUCGAAUUCGUUUACCUCCGAAAAGCCCGGGACCAUCGCCAGCCAGUCGUUCACAUUCCUGAGUACCGAAGCUGCGCAACGGGAGGCGCAUAAUCUGGAUCUCACGCCACGCAUCCCGCUAACGAAAAUUCAAUGGCGCCAGCUGAUGGAGAUCCCGGAUGAGGAUUUCGCACGGGAGCUGACGCGCAUGGACUGGAUCAUGUUUAAUUCUUUCCGACCGCGAGACCUUGUGCGACAUGUCAGCAUCUCCGGCGUGGAGAAGGAUAAGAUUUUGAGCUUGAAGCACGUCAACCGGAUGAUCAAGCAGUUCAACCAUGUCGCAUUCUUCGUAGCCAGCGUGAUCUUACUUCGGGACAAGCCGAAGCAUCGGGCCAAGGCGCUUGAGAAAUUUAUGAACAUAGCAUUGCCGCAGAAACUCCGCCGACUUAACAACUACAAUUCUCUCGGGGCCGUGAUCGCCGGCAUCAACGGAACCCCGGUGCACCGACUGUCCCAGACACGGGACCUGGUCCCGGUGCAGACACAAAAAGACUUUAUGAGGCUGGUCAUCCUCAUGGGGACACAGAAGAGUCAUUUUGCAUAUCGUCUCGCAUGGGACAAUUCCUUUGCGGAGCGCAUCCCGUUCCUGCCGUUGCACCGACGCGAUCUGGUGUCAGCGGAGGAGGGCAACAAGACGUUUGUGGGCGACAACAAGAACCGCAUCAACUGGCGCAAGUUCGAGGUAAUGGGAGAGGUGGUUCUGGGAAUCCAGCGUAGCCAGAAGACACCGUAUCCGCAUAUGUCCAGGUACGAGGAGGUAGAAAGGUUGAUAUUGGAGAUUAAGCUGUCGGGGGAUGACGAGGGAAUAAAAAAAAAGAAAUCAAAAUGUCCACGGCCGCGAAAACAACCACAACCUACCGCGCCCUCCUCCGCGAACUCCCCCGCCGGACCCUCUCCACUCCUACUCCUCUCCAACACCGCCUCCGCGACAUCACGAUCGGGUGUUGUGGACGCAGACGCACAAGAAUCCCUCCGCCAACAUCGCCUCGACCAGGCAAACCAGUUCGCUAUCUACGCUAAAGCCCAGCGCGUGUAUGCCGAGCUCGUCGAGAGAUAUAACCCUGGUACUACCCUCGAUGAGGAAGAGAGGAUUCGGUUGACGGCUAGACGGGUCGGGUGGGAUUUGCCUGUUGAGGCGGGGAAGGAGAGGGUUGAGUGA